UGUAAUUAAAUCACCAAAAUAUAGACCCGUUCACACUGCGCACAAUGAGAAAUAAAAUGGCGGACUUCUGGUGGGUAAAAGUUAGAAAAUCAAACCUGAUAGUUAAAUGAGCAAUUUAAAGGCAAAGGGAUUGGUAGUAUAUUCUGACUACUUAUGAAUGAAAUACAGCAUGCUGCACCAACUGGUUUUAAUUUUCAUUGUUAAUACUUUAUUGAAUUGUACUUAUGCAUUGCAUUGGUCUGGAGCCACAGAAGACAAGUGCCAAUUUACAAUUAACGUAGAACUCACAAUAUAUUUCCCAGACAAUCUUAGACUAUUUGUUAGCCAAUUUAAACGUGCUAAUGUUUCAGAAUGUCGUUAUGCAUGUUGCACUCAUGAAACUUGUAACGGUUAUGUCUGGGAUACUAUGGACACAGAUAAUUGCAAACUUUUAAAAUGCUCUAGUCAAGGCCAAGAUUGUAAGAAAGCUUUGAAACCUUCAACUGAUAUCGCUAUUGGUGAAGUAGGAUUUAUCACUGGCAUAACAGAAGACAGCAGUCCUGUGCCAACGUUACCACCAUUUAAAGGAAAAUCUAACACUCUUAGUGACAGCCUUACAUGGUUGAGUCAACGCUUGCAAGGUCAGGAUGCCAAGCCAGCUAAUGCAACAAAGAGAAACAAUGUGGCCAGAGCAAAGAAUCACACCACUCCAGCAAAGACUAGUUCGCCACAGCAUAAUCAAAGUCGACCAAAAGCUGCCUCAUUAAAUACAUCAACACGACAAAAGCAUGACCCAGUUCGGCCAAAAAAUACUCCCGCGCCUACGACCAACAGUGUUGUUCGCAGCUCUGUUGUUUCAAUAAUCGCAAAGGAGGAGAGCACCGCGCACACCCAUACGAAUGAUAUUUCUCUCUCCAUUGCAUUGCUGUUUGGAUUAAGCUUUUUUGUGACGGUGGUGUUUAUACUUGGUAAAAGAUGGGUGGAAGGUGUUAGAGACCAACACAAACGUGGGUACACGCGGAUAUCUUAUUUGCUUAAUGGCGUGUAGUCCAACAUGUAAUUAUAUUUAUUAUUUGUUGUCGUUAAGAAUUUUUUAUAACAUAAUAGGUCUAUAAGCUAAGUCCUGUUAAACUGUUCCUAAACGUCAGUUCUCUAACUAGAUCAUCACGCUUGAAUUUCACAGCAUUAAAUUUAACUUUUAAGGCCUGGUGUAUCAGGAGGCUUAGUGUAGUAAGAGGUCCUAUGUAAUAGAAGACCCAUUGUAAUAACUUAUGAUUAUAAAUUUUCUCAUAAUGGAACUUAUCAGAAUAACUCUUUAGUUUGUCCUUACUCGUAUUCACCGUUGACCCGUUGAAAAAACAGGUUUUAUCAUUCACGAGCAAGAAAAUGAUUUAAUUUUUUUGGUUUAUUUUGUUUAAUUUUCUGGUAAAAAAGAAUUUUGUGGUUUUUUACUGCAGCGGUAAAAGCACACCUUGUAAAAAAUUAUUCGUAUUUCAGUGUAUAAUCUAUAAAAUUAUUUAUUACUAUAUAACUUGAACAGAUGGAAAUGUGUUUUUUUUUUUCGUCAUCCAGUGCACGAUACAAACUUUUGUGAAGAUAGAAUGUGGGACGAAAAUUGGACUGGAUACACCCUAAAUUGCGCGUUAUUCAUUUUUUUUUUUUUUCUACGACAGAAGAACAACUUCUUCGUUCAAACAUAAAUUUAUAUUUUGCAUUAGUUUCAUUCUAGCCUAAAUACGAACCUUAAAACUUAAUUUUUCUGCACUAUUUACACGCUUAGGCCAACCUCGUCCCCAAACGCUUUUGCCAUUUUGACAGCGAGGCCAGCGGCGAAAAAAACGUAAUGUAAGCGCUAGCUUUAACAUACGCAACAAACCCGGGGGACGAGGAUACGCUUAGGUGUAUGCCUAAAGCCUUUACGUAGUUUUUUACCUUUUUUGUGUUUGAUUCCAUAUCAAUAGCGUACUUGACAAUUUCAUAGAUUGGUACCCACAAUGUGAGGUGCGCGAAAAAUCGUGUGCAAAAAUGUUGUUUUUUUUCUUAAAAUAAUGUUUCUAUUUAACUGGCGCGGAAAUCACAUAUAUAUACGCAUAUUCUAGCUACAUAUGGUCUUUGCCUUGCCCUGUGAGUAAUUGUUACUAUAUAUGGAAUGUUACUCAUUCCUUGAUUUUCUUUAUUUCAUUUUCUUUUUUGAAUCUUUAUAAUAAAUGAUCUGUAGUGAGAAAAAGUAAAAACAAUAAACUGGAGAACAUAUAUACGCGUGUAACAUCUGGGAGAGCUUUCUUAAAAAAAACAGGGGGUAAACACGUUUGCAAGAUUACAAUUCCACCUAUUCUUUUUUGGGUUAUGUAGGAUACGGUUUAAAACGUCUUUUCGCAAUCCCCUGUUCACGAUAAAUCUUUUUUGGUCAGAUCACGUGUAAAUUGGAAUGACUCACACCAAGUAAGGUGUGGAAAGUUAGUUUUUUAUUUAUUUAUUUAUAUUUACUUAUUCCCCUCUUCUAUAUACGUCUUUUUAAAAUAAAAUGGUCACUUUCCUAAAAAAGAAAAAUUACAAAUUUCUGUUUUUUAUUUUGAGCCUAUAAUAAGUUAGGUUUAAGAUUGCGUAAAUAUAUAAAAAUUUUAUUUGUGUAAUAAUUUUCUCCCGAACCCCCUUUUUCAUUAUUCUCUAUUCUUCUAAUUUCAUCCAUGACUCAUGCCAACUGAUUAGAUGUUCCUAUCUUUCUUUUGUUGUUUUCUCGAAGAAAAAAAAAUGAAUGGAGCGUGAAGGUGCUAUGCAGAAGAUGUUGUAUUGGACGUAAAACCGAAGCGCUGCAAAUUUUGUGUAAACGAUAUCUGGUGUGCGAUUGUAACAAAGGAACAGAUUCGAAAACGUGUUGUUUUUAGAAGGGAGCAUUUAUCUGAAAUCUGACCUGAAACCAGACAGACAUACAUUUAAAAUGUUUCAUCAUAGGUGUAUUAUUAAGCUCAAAUCUGUCUCGUGAUUUUCUUUUGUUUAUUUAUUUUCGAUAUAUUUUUGCGAAGUCAGGAUUUUAACCGCGUAGGUUGAAAUCGGCGGGAUUGUUAUCGCUUACUUCACCUCCUCGAUGUCAACAAGGAAAAAGCUCCUGGGAAUGAGGUUGGGUAAAAAAGAAUGUAUGAGACUCCAAGCGAAAAAAAAUUAUCCCUGCUAAUUUCAUUCUUUCGAGAAAUCCCUAUGAUUUAAUUUUUGAAAGCGAAACACGCGUACGUAAUAAAAACUGACUUGAGGUGACGCAUACAAAGUUUCAUUUCGUGAAAAUACGCUACUAAAUGUUAACUUGAAAAAAGCUCAAAUAAUGUGUUUUUUGUUAACUGGACAAAGAAAGAAAGGUGGAUAUUUGUGGAACCCUCUUUUUUUAAAAAAAACAACAACAACAAAACUAUUAUUGUUAAUUCUCUUUUGUUCUUAACAAUAGACCUAUUGUUUUUAACCUGAAGGCUCAGCCUGAUAUUGUCAUUAAGCAUGUUCUUAAAUAAGGAGAAAUAUGUGUGCUAGAACAGGUCCGAAAAAUCUGUAUUAUGUAGCUAACCAUUUUUCAAUGUCUUCGAUGUUAUCAUUUAUCUUUUUCUUUAGUAAUUAAUUUUAUUAUAGGGUUGGAAAUCUAUCCUAAAUAUGUAUAUGUCCUUAAUUGAGUCUCUAUUUUAUUCAAGGGUUAUUCACACAACGAAAAGUGUACGCUAUAA